CCCAUGAUCUUGGUGUUUCUACUGUCACCAGAUAAGCUGGUUUUAAUGAAGUGCAUUCUGGGAUUUCCUUCAUUAUAAUGGAUACAUGCUGAUGAAACUUUUUAUAUUUAAUUUAAUAGCAAAAUUAGGACUGUGCCUAUGACGGUCAGCUCAGGAGGUUUUGUAAUAGAGCUAUAAUCUAUCAUUUCUGUCCCCUGUCCGCAUUCAAAAUGAUGUUCAUUACCUUGUCAUCGUUUAGCUUCAAGCUACAGUUCGCCAUCACCUCCGACUUCCCACACUCCCUUUCUGUGUGUGUCCUUUUAAUGUAGCAUAAGAGUAGAAAACCUGCGAACAGUUUCGCCAGCUCUCCGAACCUAAGUGUUGUUGUGGCGGAAGGGAUGGCGGGCGGCUCGGUUCCGCCUGCUUGCCUAGAGUCUGUCCCCAACUCCCCCAUUCACCACCAUGAGCUCAGGUCUAACAAUCUUCCACCCCCUCCAACCCCUCCACCUCAGGCCGACUCCACCUGGAGCCGUCGUAAGACUGAGGAUUCAACUGUAGCACCAAAAGAACAGCAACCACAAGAUAUAUUUUCACAGUAUUUCUCCUUUAAAAUUUUUCAAGACACUCAACUGAAGAGCAUGUGAAACUGCAGUUUUCAAUAACCCAUUCAUCUGUUCUUGAUAUCUCACUGUGAGUUUGUUAUUUUCCCUUUUGAUAUGGACAUUUACUUGAUUUAAAAUGAGAUGCACAUUCAUUUCAUAUAAUAUUCAUAAAUAUGUCUUUUCUGGAUGGACUAAAACUGUUGGAAUACCAAUGUCUUGCCAGUUUUGAAAUAAAUUGC